AUGGCGGACCCACCCGCGGGAGGGCCCGUACCCCCUCCCACAAACACCCAAGAAACUCACGCCAGCUUCUCAGUUGAGGACUUCCAGCCUCGAGUAUCGAUCGACGCAGGCCAAAUCAUAGGGAAAAGAACGAGAAAUGGCGAAGCUUAUACACCUACCGAGGGCACAGGCCGGAUUACCACCAGAGAGGUGUGGAAGCUCAUCGACAACCUCAAGGAUAUCAUCCAUCGCCAAACCACGCUCAUCGAAUCCACCAAAGCCGACCUAGAGGAGGUCAAGCACAACCAGAACGUCCUUCGAGAACAGAAUGACAGGCUUCAUGAAGAAGUCAGGGCCCUAAGAGCACAAAUCGAAGCCAGCCCACAGCCAAACCCGCCUAGAACAUGGGCAGCGAUAGCAGCCAGCGGUACCAGUGACCCGCAACCAAGCCUCCAACGACCCGAGAAGGACCGGAACUGCGUCCGCAUUAGCACACAGAGAUCAUUGGUGGACCCGAGGGACAAUGAGAAUAGCGAAGGGAAUACUUUCGGGCGAUACCUCUCUACCGACUCUGCUAACACCUAUAUCCGUUCAGCGCUGUUAAGCGCACCUUCGACUCAAGAUGCACACGUGGCCGGCAUUGGUACCACUAAAACAGGAUACUUAGUUCGCUUUAAAGACCCAGGGUCAGCCGAAGCAGCCCGCAACCAUACUGAAUGGUUGAAUGAGCUAGGAAAUAAUACAAAGCUGGUUAAGCCGCGGUUCGGCAUCGUCGUGCACCGCACCCCGACAGAGAACUUCGACCUAGAGAAUGCGAACCCGAAAGCCAUUCAAACAAUUAUGGAAGAAAACGACCUAGCCGAACAAGGCUUCCAAAUCGAAGAGUUAGCAUGGCUUAAGCGGAAAGAUAAAGUUCUGGGGAAGUUUGCGUCGCUAGGUAUCUGGUUUGACUCUGCAGAAGGAGCCGAAUACAUCCUUAACAAUGGUCUCCUUGUUGGACAAAGAUAUAUUGGUAGUCGUGGUCGUGCAAGGAAACACCACGCUGUGGACAUUGUGCGGGUCAACACGAGCGGCAACGAUGCCCUACAGGAAUCAGGGCCAGAUGCCUGGAUUGUAGCGGCGAACACCCAACUGGUGACCGACAGUUUGAACAUCAUGAAGUCGGGACCUAGGAUGGAAGCACUCAUCAACGACCACCAAACCCAAAACUUGGAUAUACUUCUGAUCCAAGAACCCUCGAUCACCACCUACCAAACACAUGUUAACCACAGCGCCUGGCGGCUAUACCGGCCAACCCUCGAGACCGGAGCAGAUCGAUUCCGAAGUCUAAUCUACGUCAACCAGCGAAUCUCAACGUCUUCACACCGGCAGAUUCUUUGCGAUCACCCAGAUAUUGCAGCCGUCAAGAUCUGGACAGCCGAUACUCAACUCCUCCUCUUUUCUGUUUAUAUCCCAUCUGUCCCGCUGUGUACGCCGGACGAGGCGUCGCCAGAACCAGCAUUCACCGCCAUCCAAAAUACGAUCACAGAUGCUCUACGCGACAGUCGACGAUCCACAAGUGUCGUUCUCGCAGGAGACUUUAACCGCCACCACCCAACCUGGGGUGGUAACCACAUCCAACCACGACUUAUCGAAGAAGCAAGCGACCUUAUCACCUUCUUCCAAGCUAAUGGGUUAUACAGCUGCCUCCCCCGGGGGACAGCGACAUACUGGGCUCUGAAUGACCCCGGGAGGAACUCCACUAUUGACCAGACGGUGACGAACCGACCAGACCUUCUCAUCAAAUGCCAUCUCUACCACGACAACUACGGGUCGGACCACCGUGCCACGUACUCGGAAUGGAAUCUCCAAGCUCAGUACAGGCCCGCCACCAAGGCAAGGAAAGCGUUCGACCGGGCCGAAUGGAACAAGAUUGGCCAGGAGGUGUUGCGGCAAAUCGGUCCGUGGAAAGAAAUCAAAACACGACCAGCACUAGACGAGAUGGUGCAGAAACUCAUAGAAGCAACAAACGCAGCCGUAGAUCGGUACACGCCUGAUGUACGCCCGACUCCAUAUUCCAAACGAUGGUUUACUCCGGACCUCAAGGUUCAACAAAUCAAGGCCAACCAGCUUCGCCGAAAAUGGCAGGAAUCCUGUGCCCAACUUGGACGAGAACACUCUUCAUCUACAACCCUCUUCCGAGAGAUGCAAGUAAAACGCCGGACGUGGACCCGGGCCAUUGAGAAAGCUAAAGCAUCACACUGGAGACAAUUCCUUGACGAGGCAGGGGAAGGGAAACUUUGGAAAGCGGCCACUUACAUGAAACCCCGAGAUGCCUGGGGGUGUACCCCAGCGCUGCAGGUCGGUACUAGCGAGCUUACUGGGAAUGAAGAGAAAGCGCAGGCCUUCCUAGACUCCUUCUUCCCCGAAAUGAAUAUGCCCUGCGACAAUCUACCAACCCCAACACCACUGGAGCUCCCGUGGCAACCCAUCACUGAGCUAGAGAUUCAACGAUCUCUCAAAGCAGCCAAGGGAACCACCGCACCAGGAGAUGAUAAUCUGCCGAUGCUCGUGUGGAAACAACUAUGGGUAUACCUAAAAGACAUCAUCACCAACAUUUUCAACACAUCUAUGACUCUAGGCUACCAUCCCAAGCAAUGGCGGAACGCGAAAAUCGUGGUGCUAAGGAAGCCCGGAAAGCCAGAUUAUUCAGUCCCCGGGGCCUACCGCCCGAUCUCACUCCUCAACACGCUAGGCAAGCUUCUCGAGGCAGUAGUAGCCCGUCGACUUUCAUAUCUCACAGAAAAGCAUGGCCUGCUACCGGACACCCAAUUCGGUGGGCGGCCGGGAAGAACCACUGAACAAGCUUUGCUGGUGCUCUUGAACGCGAUCGACCGGGCGUGGUAUAAAAACAAAGUGGCUACUCUCGUGUCAUUCGAUCUAAAAGGAGCUUUUAACGGGGUCAACCAAACGAGCUUAGAUGCUUGCCUGCGGGCUAGGAGGAUCCCCGCAGUUGCAAGAAAAUGGAUCGCAAGUUUUAUGAGCGACCGCUAUGCUAGCAUAGGAUUCGACGACUUCCGCACAGAGUUAGCACCACUAGCGAACGCUGGACUCGCACAAGGAUCACCUCUCUCUCCGAUUCUGUUUACAUUCUUCAACUCCGAUCUAGUCGACCAACCUGUCACCUUUCAUGGCGGCGCAUCAGCCUUUAUCGACGACUACUUCCGCUGGCGAGUAGGACGCUCGGCAGAGGAGAACCUAGCCAAGAUUCAGUCCCAAGAUAUCCCCCGCAUCGAAACGUGGGCGCGGCGAACUGGGUCCUGCUUCGCAGCCGAGAAGACCGAACUCAUUCACCUGACCCGAAAAAGAGGAGAACACUUGCAAGGCCAUAUUAUCGUGAAUGGCACGACGGUCAAACCAUCGCCCAUAGCUAAGCUGCUAGGCGUGAUCUUCGACCAGGAGCUGAGAUGGAAGGAGCAUGUGCAACAAGCUAUCAAACGCGCAACCAAAGUCACUAUUGCCUUGAACGGACUGCGACACCUUCGCCCAGAGCAGAUGCGACAACUCUACCAGGCAUGUGUAACACCAGUAGUAGACUAUGCAUCAACGGUCUGGCACGACCCACUGCGAGACAAGACACACCUCCGACAGCUGAACACGAUACAAAUGACCUCGCUGAUCCGGAUCCUGUCAGCAUUCAGAACAGUAGCCACCACGACCUUGGAAGUGGAAGCACACGUUCUCCCCACCCACCUGCGUCUCCGCCACCGAGCCCAGAGGACCAUCGCUAGCCUCCACACUUUACCACGGGAUCACCCCAUCUGGAGUGCGCUCUCACGAGCCCAGAAACGCAGGGAUAAUAUCGGCUCGUACGCUCGCUUCCCGCUCGCGGAAGCGAUGAAAACCAUGAAUAUCGAAAGGCUAAACGAAUUGGAAACCAUCGAUCCACGACCACUACCGCCGUGGCGACUCGAUCCCUUCGCUGAGAUUGAGAUCGGGUCUGAUCGCGAGACAGCGGCACAGAAGGCCGAGACCACUCGCUCAACAUCCGACGUUGUUGUCUACUCUGACGCCUCUGGUCGACAGGACUACCUAGGCGCUGCCGCUGUAGCACUCGACAACAACCAAGAGAUACUCGAGGCGCAGAAGGUCCAAGUAGGACCGAUGAGCCGCUGGUCUGUCCACGUAGCGGAGCUCAUAGGCAUCUUCUACGCGAUCAGUGUAGUGUUCAAGAUCGCCCACGAACACUUGAGAACAGCAGACAGGCAACUGACAGCGACGAUCCUGUGCGACAGCCGGUCCGCCCUGCAGGCGGUUCAAAGCGCGAGAAACAGAUCAGGACAACGCAUCGUUCACGCAAUCCUCCAGGCCGGCGCCGAGGUUCUAGCGGUGGGAAUCGCACUCCGCCUUCAAUGGUUGCCAGGGCAUUGUGACAAUCCUGGAAAUGACGCUGCUGAUCGAUUAGCAAAGGACGCCGCCAGCCCAGGCAAAACCCAUCCUUUCCGCCCGCUCCUCACCAGAGAGAGGGCGUUCAUCCGUCGGAACAUCUACUCUCAGUGGGAACAAGAAUGGAAAUCAUCCACCAAGGGUGGUCACUUACGAAAGAUCAAUAACACCCUGCCAGCAAGCUACACUAGGAGGCUGUACGGGAACCUGCCGAGAAACCGCGCGUACCUCUUGACGCAGCUGCGCACGGGCCACAACUGGUUAUCCAGCUACCGCAAGAAUGUUGGUUAUAGUGACGACGACCAGUUCGCAUGCGGCGCACAAGAAACAGUCACCCAUGUGCUGGUGGAUUGCCCGAACUUGAGGGAACUUCGGAGAGAGCUAAGGAGAGAAGUUGGAGACGCGUUUAAUAGCGUGUCGAGCCUGCUGGGAGGCUCAAAACAAGGUGAGAAAGGUAAACCAGACACUGUCUCGCGAGCCAGGACGGUCAAUGCCGUGCUGGACUUCGCCGAGGCGUCACAACGGUUUCGGAGUCGCGCGCCACCGGGGCAGCCUAACAAUGGGAACGGCAAUUAG